AUGACUGUCGUCGCCUGCGAUCCGACAAGCAGCUUUUUUGGCUUCAUGGGAGUCACAUCAGCAAUUGUCUUCGCAAACCUCGGUAGUUAUAACAGAAAUGAUUCAUAUUUAUAUGUUAAUGAUGGUGGUGAGCGUGUUGAUGAGGUAAAGGUAAUUGAGAAAGCUCGUCCGCCGGAAAGAAAAUUCUGGAAGCAGUCAAUGCUUUUGUUUAAACUUCUCUGAAUUUCAAGGAAAAGCCCCCUUCGAUGAUGAAUCAAUGAAUAUAGCGUUGAUGGAUUUUUUUCUACAACUCCUACUAGGUGCCGCAUAUGGAACCGCAAAGAGUGGCGUCGGAAUCAUGAGCAUGGGCGUUCUUAGGCCUGAGCUGAUGAUGAAGUCAAUUAUCCCGGUUGUUAUGGCGGGUGUCUUGGGUACUAUAAAUUUCACUAUGAAUUUUCUUUUUAUUGUUUGCGCCUCCUGUAUUACCUACGAGCAUUUCUACAAGCCGAUAGGCAAAAUUUUUACAAAGUUGAAUCUUUUUGUACCUUUUCUUGUUGACGACCCGGAGCACCCAAUGAUACACUAUCCUGAAAUCAGGUAUCUACGGGCUGAUCACGUCCGUGAUUAUCAACGAAAAGCUUAACGAGCCAGCGAAGUACUCCGCAUACCAGGGGUACUUUUUUGAUUAUUUUGUAGUACGUAAAGUACUGGUGUGUGAUGUCAAGCUCACGAUAAUGUUGUAUUAAUACUGGUCACGUCAGCAGUGCAUCUUCACGAGGAACUGGCACCCUUAUUUUUCCCAAAUACUAUGAUACUCUGAUGUAUUUCCAGAUUCGCCCACCUCGGAGCUGGCCUUACAGUCGGAAUGAGCUCAUUAGCCGCUGGUCUCGCAAUCGGCAUUGUCGGCGAUGCAGGUGUCCGAGCGAACGCCCAACAGGUUUUAGUCCAGUAUGUAUUUUAAUUGAAAUGUUGCGAUCCGCAGAACCAGAUUAUUUACGCAAGAUUCACCUGCAAAUGAAAUUCAGCUUCGUUCCAUUGCAUUUUGUUGAUGUUAGCGUUAGCGAAGUGACAGUAGGUCGAGAUACAUGCACGACCCGAUGGGCCUUGCAUUUGUCAACGAACCAGAAGGCUCAUCUUGAAAUUGAACAUCUUUCUCAGACCCGUCUCUUCGUUGGGAUGAUCCUGAUUCUGAUCUUCGCCGAGGCGCUCGGACUUUACGGGCUGAUUAUCGGCCUCGUAGUUGCCUCAGGUGCCGGCAACGCAACGGGCCUCUGCACCCCAUACAGUGGUUAAAUUUUUUUGAAGCUCUUCAACCGCCAUUGGAGUCAAGCAGAUGAUUUUUUCAAGUUGUUGAUUAAAGAAUUGGUAGAACUAGAAGUUGUGUAGUAGCCACUUCGUAACGUCUUCUUCUUGAAAGGUGAGAUCUGCUUACUUAUAUUUCACAUCUUUGCUUGUUUUUACGCAUCGUAGUCAUCAUAUAAAGUAAACUUAUCUGAAUUGGAUUCAAAACUCUGUUACUUAACAUGAUCUUCAGACAGUUUUCAGUAUAAUUACGUCUUUGACAGCGCUUUAUUUCAUGGUCACGAACGGAGAAGGUGCUGGAGGUCAUCCCAUUUUUAUCUGUAUAUUUUUAGAUAAAUUUUUCUUUUUUUGUUGCUCGUUGUUGUGCUCGAUGUUCAAGGAUUAUCUGCAGGGAAGUCAACGAAGGACCGAUAUGACAGAAGGUUACUUCUGAGCUGUCGGCCUUUCUAAUACUCUCAGGGCAAAUUGGUAGUAGGGAAGGUCAGAAGAAACCAAAUUUCACAGGUAGUAGAUAGAAUCGAGGAGGUGCUCCUCUGGGGAAGUAACAGACUUGCACCAUGAAAUAGACAGUGGACUCUUUUGCUUCGUCCCAACACGAGGAGUUGUAGUGUGGGCCUUGAGCAGUGUUGGAAUUUGAGGGCGCUUUUGCUCGUCAUUGUCUAUCACCGACUCAUCGCCCGAGAAAUAUAUGCGCCUCGCUUUGAGCUUCCUUCGUGUCGAUGAGAAUCAGCGUUAUGCUACUUGGGGAACAAAAAGUGUGUUAUUUAGCGUUAAUGGACCGAUGAACUCACCUAGGGAUGAUCGUGUGAUCGAUGAUGAGGAGGAACGAGUUGUUCUCUCUUUCGCUAGCUGAAGACAAGGCCACUUCGUGUGCAGCUUCCAAGUCUUGAACAUUGUAGAAAAAGACUCACGCCAACAACAGGAAGCCACCUCUUGCGCAAUACGCUGCUUGUGCUUAGUGUAGUGAGCAAUUUACAGCGCAGGAAUAUGACCCGGAGACGCGCUAAGGUUGAACAACAUAUCCCGGUAUUGUGUAUUGAGAGACCGCUAAAACGAGUCACUGAGAAACGUCGAGAGCCG